UUUACUUUUACAUCUCGGUUCUUGUAGUUUUUAUUCCACCCGGCGAUAACGAUUAACGAUAAUCACUAGUUUCACAACGAUAUUCACGGAUUAACGAUAUCCACUAGUUUUCUAAGCGCAGGCCGUUCCCAAAAUCAGUAAAAAAAAAAAUAAGUAAUUUAAGUACUCGAUAGUAUGCUAAUCAUAACAAACCCCAGAAGAUAAAUAAAGCUGAUCAAUGCAUGAGAACCUCAAAUGCCCAAAGUCGAUCCCUCACUUUUCUCGUGUGUGAGCAGGUGUAAGUUUUGAUCCUGGUGGUGAAAACUUAUACAUCCCAACUCUGUGAUAUCUAAACCGCCCACAUAAACGUGUUUGAACAGCUUUUGAAGUGGCUAAGUCCAGGUAUGAAAUUUCAAAGCUGGGGAGUUAACACACUCUGGAGUUAAAUUACUACUUUUGUUAUGUUUUAUAGUGUACGUGCUCGUGUUUACAAGAGAGAAAGAACAAUCAGAAGUUAAUAGAUAGGAACCUAAAGGGAUUUUUUUCCUUUUUUCGCGCUGGCUAAACACAAGAGAGAAUGAUCUUUUAGUCCUUCAGUAGCAGUAAUUAUCAUUUAUCUAUUUCCCGUUACUGCUUUAGUAGGAAUGUUAUAAGAAUCGAUAUGUUGAUUAGACUAUGAGUUCCUUAGCUCCCUGUUUUCCCGUAAUCGAGUAACAAGCAAUAAAGAAAGCGAGUGAACAUCUUAUGGAGACAUCUUGUCUUCUCCCAAUCAAAUUCUCCCGAGCUUGAAGAGGUGCGAGUAAGGGGAAAUACUCAAAAACUCUUUCAAAAGACAUUUAGGAGUAGUGUUUUUUUAAUUAAAUGCUUCUUUGUUUUCUGUUUUCUGUUUUUGCUUUCGUUUUUGGUGUUGUUCUCCGAAAACUCCCGACUCGGCGAUGCUUGACAAUCUCGCCAGCGCUGUGUUUAGUUUUGAACUGGACAUACUCAGCUCAGGGACCAGCUUAUAAGAUUACCAACCCGGCGAGAAGUGGUUUCUCUUAACACUUCCGGACAGGAAGAGUGCUUCCGGCGGAAGGAAGAUAAAGAUCGCUAUAUACAAUUCCAACAGGGGUAGAGAAGUAAAAACUUUCAAUCAGUGAAGAAAUACUUCAAACAUCACAUCAAGAUCUUAUGAAUAUAUAACAUUGGAUCACACUUUAGGUCUCUGCCGUGUUAAAAACCGCCUGAGCACCUGUGAGAGAAGACGGGUUACUCAUCGGGGAAUUUAGACGUGUUUUCUUGCAUAGUGAGUUUUUAUUAAGUCUACCACAGAACAGAGCUCACAGGAAUAAAUUACUGCUGUUUACGUCGAGCUGAAAUUUCUUAUUCAUUUUGAGAAGAGGCACGUGUAAAAUUAUUUUCUUUUAUGUUGUUUCUCUGUUUGGCAUAAGAAAAGUGGGCAGCAUAUUUUCCUUGUCCCUCUCUCUCUCUGACGUCUUCAAUCACCGUUGCCAUGCAAGUUAGUGAACCUUCCUGACAUGUCUCGUGCUUGAUUGGAUCGAAUGUUAAUAUCGCUUGCAAAUGAGCAGUUAGCAUGGUUAAUGGUUUUGAAAUUUUGCAUAGUUAUUAAAAGUCAGUUUAACCCUCAUCCCAUCGUCAUCAGCUAACAAUCGGAUCUGAGGGAAGAGCAACGCGAGAUUUCGCGCAAUGACUUUGUAUAUUAUUUUGUUCGGGUUACUUUUGUGUUUAGCGGUACACAGUGAUAAGAGGUUCGAAGAUGUUGAAACUGAUGGCGAAAUUUACACCAACGCUUGGGCAGUUCAACUCGACACGCAUGACGAAACAGUGGCGGACGAAGUCGCGGCAGCGUCAGGAUUUAAGAAUCACGGAACGAUAGGUAAUCUACCUGGAUAUUUCAAGUUUGUCCACGAUCAAACGCCAAGCCGGCAUAAGCGAAGCGCAGAACAUCACACCCAGCCAUUACUAGAUCACCCGCGGGUCGAGUGGGCCAAACAACAAACUUUACUCUUCAGGUACAAACGAGGCUUCGAAGCAUUGGAUCGGUUCACGCGCGCCGAGGAAAACAGAAGAUAUUUCAAUGAUCCGGAGUGGAAUAAUGAAUGGUAUUUUGGUACUCUCAAAGCUGACGAGACCAGAGGGAAUCUGGGUAUUUUAGAGGCUGUUAAAGAUGGUUACACCGGCCGGGGAGUUGUUGUUACCAUUAUUGAUGAUGGCUUAGAUCAUACUCAUCCCGAUCUAAAACGCAACUUCGAUCCCCAUGCGAGCUACGAUGUAAACGACGAUGAUCCUGAUCCACAUCCAGAUGACUCCAAACCAGACAAUGCUCACGGCACAAAAUGUUCAGGAGAGGUAGCAGCAGAAGCCAAUAACGGGGUAUGUGGGGUAGGAGUAGCCCAUAACGCCAAAAUCGGCGGUAUAAGAAUGUUAGAUGGGCCAGUUACUGACGCGUUGGAGGCGAAGGCUCUGGGUUUUAAUUGCGAUUACGUCGAUAUAUUCAGCGCAUCUUGGGGACCGAAGGACGAUGGAAAAACCUUCGGCAGGCCUGAGGAAUUGGCCAGAAAAGCCAUGAAAAAAUGCGCGGAAACCGGCAGACGAGGAAAAGGCAGUUUGUAUGUGUGGGCAAGUGGAAAUGGCGGCAAUUCCUUGGAUGACUGUAACUGUGAUGGCUACGCUUCGAGUAUCUACACCUUAACCAUUGGUUCAGCCAGCCCUACUGGAUUUCGACCGAGCUACGACGAGAAUUGUCCGUCUACAAUGGCUGUAGUGUACACAGGAGAUGCUGGCGCGGGAAAACGGGAACCCUACAGUCACCUGGUUACCACCUCUCUGUUUCAUGAGUGCGUCACGCAUUUUUCUGGUACCUCGUGUGCGGCACCUCUGGCAGCAGGAAUCUUUGCGCUGGUUUUGGAGGCGAACCCCGAGCUCACUUGGCGAGAUAUGCAGCAUUUGGUUGUCCAGACUGCCGAGAAAAAUGAUCCUAAAGGGGCCUCUUGGAGUAAGAAUGCCGCUGGUCAUUUCUACAGUCGUUCGUAUGGUUUUGGCGUUUUGAACGCGAACUCUUUGAUAAAGAAAGCUAAGGAAUGGAGGCAUGUUCCACAGCAGCUUUCAUAUAAAGUACCAGGUGCCUUAACAAGAGAUAACGCAGAGAUACCUUCUAGGAGAGAGACGGUUUUGAAGCUAAACAAUAGAAAAGACGACAUCAAAAAGUUGGAGCAUGUUCAGCUCGUCUUAUCGGUAAGCUACCGCCGCCGGGGGGACAUGGUCAUUGAUCUUGUUUCCCCUCAGGGGACCACUUCCCGUCUUUUGGCCAAGAGACCAUUGGAUAGCUCUAGUGACGGUCUUGUCAAGUGGCCCUUCACAAGUGUGGAAUUCUGGGAUGAAAAGCCGCAGGGAGAAUGGACAGUGACGAUCAGGGAUGAAAAGUCUGAAAACGAGUUUUCUCCGAGACACGGCAGCGUAAUGUUCGACGAAGGAGAGUCGCCUCAGAGAGAUCAGCCCGCUAACAUCGCCAAUGAUCUUUCUUACGGUCGCUUCAAGGAGGAUUACAUGAAGGUGACAAAAAGAUCAGUCGACACGUUCCCUCAACGCGACGAUGAACCCAGUUUCCAGCGCGAGCUCUCUCACGGACGCUUUAAGGACGAUUACAUGAAGACAGCGGAUGCACCAAAGCUGCCUAACAAUAUGGCCAGUGACGAGGGAGACUGGUGCAAACCAUCAGCUGAUCUACAAGGACCUGUGGCUGGGUGUGUAGCAGAAUGGUCUCUUGUCCUGUAUGGUACAGCCUAAAUGGAAUCUUAAUACAAAACUUUUGCCAAUUCAAAAAAGAAAACCUUUUAAAAGCUUUGGUCACACUACACAUCUCCCCUAUUUGGUCAGAACCUCCAAGCAUGCGCACAGCCAAUUACCCGUGGAGUGGUAGCCACAUGGAGCUGUUUUGUUCUUUUUCUAUUUUUGUCCUCGUAAAGACCCUCACUAAGCAAUGAACGAAAGCCGAAAACCCGUUCUGGCCAAACUGCGGGGUGUGUUGGGUGACCUUAGCUUUUAAUGAUUUAUUUUGUAGUCCCAUCCCAGGGCAGUUUUCCAAUUCAAAUCAAUUCAAUUCAAACCUUGAAAGGAAAAGUGGCCUGGGGACGAGACGAAAGGAAUCGUGAAGCGGAAAACUGGCGAGUUUGAUAUUUUGAGAUUCGUCAAUGUUUUCUAUUGUUUUCUGGCUGACCUCUGCGUAUAUAGGCCCCGUUCACACUACACAGGAAAAAUUUGAAAACGCAGCAAUCACCGGCGACAGAAACGCUUGAGUGCGCCCUAGAGCAUGCGCAUAGUAAGGGUCUUAUUAAAUCCACGUGGCUACCCUGUUGUUUUUCCCGUCAUCACAUGUUUAUCGUUACGUCAUCGUUUUCGAAAAGCUCCGUUUUUAAAAUGUCCUCUGUCUACAAUGAAACGCAAAGCCCAUGUUUUUAAAUUCCUCCCGUUCGAAGAAUGUUUUCGAAAACCUCCGUUUUCUGUGGGCAAUUUAUCCAGAUUUGUUUGGACGGUAGGAAAUAAAGAAAUAAAGCUGCGUCUUCAUAUUUCCCCAGCGUAGUGUGGACGAGGCCUUAGAAAGAAUUUUGGGGGACCUUGCGUCAUACAUAUAAUUUAUGUUAAAUUCGGGGUGUUUGGGGGUUUAAUUGAAUUUUCGUGUUUCGUAUUUUUGUUAAAUUAUGACUUAUGUAUUUUACAAAUAUGCUCCAUCCUCCUUUCCUCUCCCCUNCCCCCCCCCCCGUCCUUCCUUUUCGUCUUGGAAGGAUAAAAAUAACGAGUGACGGCAUGAACAGUAAUUAAACAAGUUUAAAAAACCACGAUUAUGGACUGUAAUUGGUAGAGUGCGAUUCAUUUUAAUUGUUUCGCUGGUUGAGUCGCAGUUAUCAUUGACUGCAGCCAAAAACGCGAUCGUAGUUUCGCGUGUAAAUGCCGCGGGCGGCACCGAGAAGGGACCAAAGAACUCGGGCAUGUAAGCAAGUGGUAUUGCGUGGCGACAACUUUUAGGACCGCUAAUAAAUACUGAUUUGACCUAAUUAUUCUCUUGCAAGAGCAAGAAUGCGAACUGUCCCGAUUUCACUGAGAAGCAAAACAAGCAAAAACCAACGAAGAAAAAAUAAUAUGCCUAAGUGUUGAUUGAUUUGAUUUGAACGGAGACUAGGAAAAUCGGACUGGUUCACAGUCUUAUUCAAGUCAUACCGGUCAAAUCGGCCAGACUUACUUGAAUUAUUUAGUAUAGGGGAUAAAAGGGUUGAGUAGAAUUAAAUCUUAGAAAAUAAACCUACUGUCCUCGUUACAAGCUAGUGUAGCAACAGCUAAAUCUUUCAAGCUCCGGGGACGAAUUGAGUGUAUCAAAUGGUUGAUGUGAGGGGAUAAAAGGGAAAGUAAUUUAUGAUCUGUAAACCUAAUAUGUAAGCCUUAGUUGUGCCUGAGAAGAAUUAUUAUUAUUUUCAAUGAGACUUUUACGUUUGACGAAUAAAUUUCUUGCUCCAUUCGCCCAAAAAGUGACAUUAACUAUUCCAAUAUUACAAGAAAAUGACAACAAUUAUAUUAACAAUAUAUAUAUUGAUGGAAUUGUUGAGGGUUGUUCGCUUAACAGUGAAAAGCUGUUUUUAAUGGUUAUGUCCUAUAGUGGGAUAUAGAAAUAAAAAACAUUUUUAUUUCGAUUUA